CGCCUGGCUUUGAUUUAACGUCGUGUUAGUGCUGAGCUCAUCUUGUAGCCCAUACGUUAGAAAGAAAGCUAAUAAGCUGUCGGGCUUCAAGCCGGCAAAACUAUGUUUUUGCAAUAGGAAAUUCGUCAAUUUUUGUCGAUACUUUGUCGAUAUAGCUUCAGAAUGUAUAUCUACUCCUCGGGCGCAAUUGGGCUGGUGCAGGGUGGAGCGGAAUCCUGCUCGCUCCGGUUGGCGAAAGGGCGACUCGCGCUGCGACGCUCGCCAUGUCCGCUUGCUGCAGCGAGCGCCUCUAGGAGCAGCCGUUUCGGUGAUAAUCCAGACCAACGGCCGACAAGUGCGAAAUUCGAUGCAUCGAAAAGCCGAGGCGGGCCCGCGGAUGGCUCGCGGCAACCAGCCGAUAGGCCCCCAUCCUCGCGGGAUUCAGCGCCAUCCAGGUCCUACGAAAGCAACGACCGGCGCCCUCGCGAUUACAACACGGAGCCGCCACCUCGUAUACUUCGACCGGGCAGCCGGAGGAUCGAAGAUCGCGACUUCAGCUCUCCUGAACGCCGCGAUGGCCAUCGCCAUUCAGGCCCACGUGACCGCGACGACGAGCCUUUCAGGCGCGGCCCUGAAACAACCCGACCCUUUGAAGGCAGCAACUACAGCACCGGCAGCCCUAACAACAUCAGCCGCAAGCGGUCGGAGGCCGAGCGGGCUGCACGUAAGGCUGUACGACAAGCCGACAAGGUCGCAGAGGUCACACGCAACAGCCAGGGUUGCUGCUACGGCUGCGGAGCGGGGUUACAGACGGAGGUUCCGCUGGGGGCUGGCUACGUGGACGCUGCACGCUACUCGCAGCUCAAGCAGCGGCGGCAGCUGGAUAAGGUGCUGUGUGGGCGCUGCAGCGGGCUGUGCAACGGAGCCAUGAUUCCAGGGGUGCAGGACUUCACUCAGAAGCUGCAGUUAAGGCAGGUGGUGGUGACUGGGGAGGCAGUUGCAGCUGCUGCUGCUGCGGCCACUGCUGCAGGGGCUGCUGCUGGGGCUACCACUGUUGUCGCCACGAAGACCGGGGGAUCCGCAACGGCGACUGAAGCGGCGACGGCGAGUGAAGCUGCGGCAGCAGCAGCGGCGGCGGCACCGGAUUCAGGGUCUCCGGCGACGGCUGCCGUACCUGCCUCAACAGAGGCAGUUGACAUGACCCUGCUUGGAAAGGUGUUGGUGACUCCGGAGCAACUCAGAGCGCAGCUGAUGCCGCUCUCCCUGCGUGCCGCGGUGGUGGUGCUGCUGGUGGACUUGUUGGACAUGAGCGGCAGUCUGCCGGGGCGCGUGCGCGAGGUGGUGGGGCGCAACCCCAUCGUGCUGGUGGGCACCAAGAUGGACCUGCUGCCGGAGCGCUGCCGGCCCCGGGAGGUCGCUGAGUGGCUGGGCGAGGCGGCGGCCGCCAAGAGGCUCUCCGUGGUGUCUGUGCACCUGGUCUCCAGCCACACCGGGGAUGGAAUGUCCGCCGCCGUGUCACGCAUCUGCCGCGAGCGCCAGUCGCGCGACGUGUUUGUGGUGGGGGCGGCCAACGUGGGCAAGAGCGCCUUCGUCCGGGCUGCACUCAAGGAGCUGGCGAAGACCGACCCGGCGGCCAUCGGCAUGGGCAGGUACCUCCCGGUGGAAAGUGCCAUGCCGGGAACCACACUCGGACUAAUCCCGCUGAGGGCCUUCUCAGGCGGGGGCACACUGUUCGACACACCCGGAGUGCACCUACACCACCGCAUCCCGCACAUGCUGACCCCCGCCGAGCUCAAGCUGCUGCACCCGCGCCGCCGGCUGUCGGUCCUGGUUCCGCCCCUCCCGGCGGAGUUGAAUGCGCAAGGAGAGGCGGCGGCGGCGGCGGCAGCGGCGGUGCAGCCUGUGAGCAAAUCCCGCGGGGCUGCAGAGGCCGCGACCGGAGACGCCUCUGGAGAGUUCCUGGAUGAAGACGAGGAGGAUGAGGAGGAGAAGGGAGGCAGGGCUAAGAGCAGCGGCAGCAGCAGUCGCAGCAGCAGGGUUAGUGCUGGCAGCAGCCCCGGUGGUGAUGGAGGGGGUGUACGACGGGGCAUGGACGGAAUUAAGAUUGUGGAGCACGCGCCGUUGGACGAGUACGGCUUGCCAGUUGCGGGUUUGUACGGCGAAGAUGCUGAGGACGAGGACGACGGGAGCAGGGAGGCGGAUGCGCCUGCGGCUACGGGGUCUGUUAGAGGAACGUCCCCUUCCGCAGUGAAAGGAAACCUGAAGCAGCAGCCGCCGGGUCAACGAAGGGCGCGUGCUACGUAUGUUUGGAGCGACCUGGUACGGAUAGAUGUGCUGUCCGGGCCGCCAGAUACGGCGCUGGUGUUUUACGGACCCAACGCGCUACGGGUGGUUGGAAUGCCGUACGUUCCGCCUGAUCAGGAACCAGACGUCGACUACGGAGUCGGCAGCGACAACAAGCAAAACGUCCUCAUCUGUACGGCAUCUGUGGAGGCGCGAGGGGGGCUUCAACCGCAAGAGCUUUUCGUGCGAGCCCAGGGUGCCGGCAGCGGCGGCGCUACGGCAGUUGCGGAUCUGGCGGUUUCGGGGCUGCCUGGCUGGGUGGCGAUCUGGGCUCCAAGGGCAAAACAAGACGUCCGGUUGCGCGUGUGGGCUCCGCGCGGUGUUGAGGUGAUGCUCAGGCCGCCGCUGCCCUGCCCGCUGCCUCCCGCGCUCAAACGGGCCUGGCGGGGGGAGGACCGCGGCGGCGAGGGCGGCGAGGGGCGGGAGGUGAAGGCACCGCAGGCGCUAAGGGAGUGGUCUAAGGCGCUUUCCAAGGAGGUAGGCGACCCUACUGCUGACCCCUCCUGGUGGGAGGCCCUGGCUGCUUUCAAGGACGAGGACGCGCCCGGGUCAAAUAAGGCCGCCGAUGGCAAGAGCAGCGGCAAGCGAGUAGCCGCACAGACGCAACCGGAGGAGGAGCACGAGGAGGAUGAGGACGAGGAGAAGGAGGCCGCAGCAGGGCGCGAAUGGAAGGAGGUGACGGUGGCGGAUGUGCUAGGUGGUGGAGACGGCGCUGAUUGGGAUGAGGAGGGCGAGGAAGAGUGGGAGGAAGAUGAGGGGGCGGGGAGCUCGGAGGCGGCUGGGGAGGGGAGGCGGCUGAUGUCGGCAACGGUGGAGGACAUCCUCAGGCGGCCCAGGCUGGACCUUCUAGCCCAAAUGGGCCUCGAUAGAGACUACGACACAAGACGUGGAAACGCGGAUGAAUACAACGAGCAGGGUAAAGCAGGGAGUCAAGACGACGAUCCGGGCAACUUCACCCUAGGCGACGGACCCACGGGUCAUCACCGCCAAUGGGCUGCCGCCGGGCCUGCCGAGGAUGGCAAAUGGAAUCCUUUUGAGGGGCUUCUGUCGUCGGGUCGCGCAGUGGGAUCAUCCUCUUCAACUGCUGGCAUUCCGGCAUCACGUGUCAAGUCACGACAGCAGCAGAGAAUGGGUGUUCCAGCAGGCAAGAGAGCCGAACCCGGCAGCGAGCAGGAGGAGGACGAGGAGGAGGAGGGGGGAGAUGACGUCAGCGGAGUUGAUGAUGAUGGUGACGAUAAGGUUGUGUCUGUGCGAGGGCGGCGGGUGGGUAGCGUUGGAGGGUUAUCGCAGCGGCCUGGGAUGGCGCGUGGACGCUUGGGUCGGCGGCGGGAGGUAGUGAGGGUGGACGAGGAAGGCGAGGAGUAGUAGGAAGGGCUUGGGCUCGGGCCCUUGCAGGGCAUGCAGAUACGUGAAUCGAAGAGCAGCAUGCCACGUGACUGGCAGGGGUAACGUGUGAGUGGUGUGCUGGGGGGUGGGGUGUUUGGACGGUGUUGGGCUGCAUGACAAGGCAAGGCAAGGGCAAGGCAAUACCGGAAGCAACUCGCUGCUGGCGCACGUGUAAGGAAAGCAAAAUGAUGGUUGCAUGUUGGUGAGGUUUGUACAAUACGGCCGGGGUUGAGCGUUGUGCCAUAACCAUUGGGGAUACGGUAUGUUCAGGGGUCCCUGCAUAAGGGGAAUCACGCCUUUCCUGCUUACCUGGCUCAACAUUUUCUUGGCCAUUAAGGCGGGGGAGGUCCGUGGUUGCAAAUUAUCCUGGGAAGGCGAAUAGCGGAAAUGAAGAGGUGUAGCAAGCUUACAAAUCGCGUUGGGAGGGUCGUGGCCAUACAAGGCAGCCAGCAGGUCUGGUAAUCCCAGCUCCCUCCCUGACUCCUGUGC